UCAACACAAAUUCCCCCAAAAACCUCACGAGAAAAAACACACACAUAUUAAAAAGGGCAAAAAAAAAAAAGUGGCCAAAUCAAAAGUCGCGUAUUUUGAAACCUCUACGAACCUUCUUUGCCAGAAGAAAAAUCCAAUCGUAGAUUUAUCUUCACACACACACACACACACAGAGUUGGUGUGGUGAAAAUUUUGUGAUCCUUUUGGGUUGAUGAAACGACAGCGUAUUGGAAUCUCAGAGGACUCGUGAAUUUCUAGGCUUUUUUUUUGUUGCUGGAUUAGGGUUUCAUUAUUUGAUUGAUUGAUUGAUUGAUUGGAUUUGGUGAGAAUUCUAGUGAUAUUAUUGCGAUGAUGAUGACGGACCAGUCAUCGCAGUAUUCGUUACCAUCGGAGGAUUCCGCGGUCGAAUUUGGGAUGAAUUUUGAUGAGCUAAGCAUGGAUAUUGACGAUAUAUGGAAAAUUAUUGACGAGGACCCCGAUCCUUCUCUGCCGAGUAUGCCAGAGGUUUUUAUGCCAAAUGACAUGGGACAAGUAGGUUAUUCAGAUUUGGAGAGAGCUUCAUUUUCUGGGGGUCAAUUUCUUGGACACAUUGGAGUCUCCCCUUCUUCCAACUCAGAAGCUUCAGAUUCUAGGACAGGUGUUUCAGAUGGUUCAUCUGAUUCUGCAGGGAAUUCAAAUGUUGAUGGUGGGAAGCUUGAGUUUCAAUUAGGGAUAGACUCUCCGGUACACAGUUUCUGUGGAAACCUGACUGAACGGAGGCCUGGUCAGGACAAUGACUGGUCCACUCAUAAGGAUAAUCUCUCUCGGUGUACUUCAUCUAAUGUCCAACAAGAAAGGUUGCUGCUAAGCCAAUCAACUAUAGAGAACAAGUUGAGAACCUCAGAAACAUUAGCUGCAGAAGAAACAUCAAGCAUUGAAGUAGCUGCAUCUCCAAAUGAUGAACCCUACGCUGGGUUCAGUUUAUGUCAGAGUUCUGAUACUUUGCCCGAAAGUUGGGACAAGUUUCCACAAACUUUCCAUGCAGAUUCUUUCUCGAAGCCGGCUGCACUAAAUAACCUUGAUUUUGAAAUGCUGUCUCACAAUGAUAAGAUGCUAAAUAUAAUGGACGGACAAUUGGACCAUACAACUGGGAUUGCAGACUCAGAUACAAUGGCAUAUGAGAAUUGGACAAGAACAGGUGAAGGAGUUCAGCAGGUUCCUGAGUGUUAUAUGACUGCAAAUUUUGGUGUUGGGGAGCUCAGUGCCUAUCGUAGUGGUGGUAUCCAAACAUCAUUAAAUAAUGGCAUCUUGUCCUCCAGGUUAAGAGACAGCAAUAAGGUGCAAAAGAUGUUUCCUCAGCCUUUGCCUUUCAGUGGGUCAAGUUUCCUUAUUCAAAACCACCAGUUACAUAGAAGGAAUGACAAAAAUGAACUGAUAGGUGGUGCUGAUAUACCUACAGUUUCUGGGCUCUCAAAUUCAUUUGUUCCUGCUCCUGCAACUGCUUUUUCAAGUACCGAUUUUAUGGUUUAUCCAAAGGUUGAAAAUGAUAUACUUCAGUAUGAUAGGUCUUCUCAUCACCUUGAUAAUUUCAAAAAAGCUUCUUUAGAAAAAAUCAUUCUGGUUCCUCAGGAUCACCACACUGAUGUGAAGGGUAGAGAACUGCCUGUCUCAUUAUCAUCAACUUCAAUGAAGAAGCAGUUCAGCUGUGCAAUGUUAGAAAAGGGGCAAAAGCACAGUUCUUUAAAAUUUACUGGUUCUCGCCUAUCUACAACCACUCAUCGAGGAGCUUAGCGAAGCUUGUUGCCUCAAAGAAGCCAUAG